AUGCCGACGCCGGUUAGUGCAGCCAGGGCAUGCUUAACACAGGAGGCGGUGGCCACCCUCGACGAGGCUGUGGCGGUGGCGCGACGCCGAGGGCACGCGCAGACGACGUCGCUACACAUGGUGUCGUCCCUCUUAUCCAUCCCCAAUUCAUCCUUACGUGAAGCAUGCACCAGAACACGCAACAACGCAUACUCCACUCGAUUGCAGCUAAAGGCUCUUGAGCUUUCACUGAGCGUGUCUUUGGACCGACUGCCUUCUUCACGAACGAACAAAGUUGAGGAGCCACCAGUAUCGAAUUCUCUCAUGGCUGCUAUAAAAAGAUCGCAAGCGAAUCAAAGAAGGCAGCCUGAAAACUUCAGCUUCUAUCAGCAGCAGUAUUCUUCGUGUUCUUCUGUUCCAGUGGUGAAAGUUGAGCUCCGGAAUUUGAUUAUAUCAAUUCUUGAUGACCCUUUGGUUAGUAGAGUUCUCGGCGAGGCGGGGUUUCGGAGUUGUGAUAUAAAGAUAGCUACACUUAGGCCAGUUAACAGUUUUCAUGGCCACCAUCUGUUUGGUUAUUCAUCUAGGUACAAACGGCCACAACCACCUUUGUUUUUAUGUAAUUUUAACAGUAGUGAUAGUACGAGCGAGGUAAGUAUGACUAGUAAAGGUUUCACCUUUCCUUUUAUGGGUGGUUUUCCUGGGGAAGAGAAUUCGAGGAGAAUUGGAGAGAUCAUGGUCAAGGAUAAGAAAAAGAAUCCACUGCUUUUGGGGGUUUCUGCUAGUGACGCUUUAAGGAGUUUCUUGGAAACUGUGCAAAAAAAAGGUGAAGGUGUUUUGCCUACGAGAUUAAUUGAGUUGAAUGUGAUUUGUGUUGAAGCUGAGAUUUCGAGGUUUGUGAAUGGGGAUUGUGAUGAGGAACUAAUAAAAUUGAGAUUCGAGGAGGUCGAAAAACUAGUGCAGAAUAGUGUAGGAAGUGGGGUGGUGGUAAAUUUUGGUGAUCUGAAGGCAAUGGGUGAAGAGAGUGUUUGUGUUGAUGCUUUAAGGUACGUGGUGUGUGAAUUGGGGAGGCUGCUGCAGAUUCAUGCUGGGAAAUUGUGGUUAAUUGGAGCAGCAGCAUCAUAUGAGAUUUAUUACAGAUUUUUGAACAGAAAUCCCUCCAUUGAGAAGGAUUGGGAUUUAGAAAUUUUGCCUAUUACUUCACUUAGAUUUUCCACUGAAGGGUCUUUCCCCAGAUCCAGCUUGAUGGAGUCUUUUGUUCCAUUGGGUGGGUUCUUUUCUACACCGACAGACAUGAAAAGCCCGUUUAGCAGCUCAUACCUCAAUGUAGUCCGCUGUCAUCUGUGCAAUGAGAAGUGUGAACAAGAAGUGACUGCGCUUUCAAAUGGAGGAGUUACCGAUUUAUCUACAGAAAAAAAUCACUCUAGUUUGCCUUCUUGGAUGCAGAUGACAGAAAAUGGCGCGCUCAAUGGUGUGGCUCCGUUGAAGGUCAAAGAUGAUGGUAUGUUACUAAGUGCGAAAAUUGCUGGGGUACAGAGGAAAUGGGAUGGUAUCUGUAAGCACCAUCACUAUAAUCAACCUCUCCCCAAAAUGAAUAGCCAUCAAUUGACUUUCCAAUUUCCAUGUGUUCCGGGUACUCAAGUUGCCGAGAAAAGGAAAGGGAAUGCCAGUAAUGACAGCAGCAACCAUACAUUUGCAUCAUCGACUGAAUGUGGAAGCAAGAAUAAAGUUCAAUUCUUGUCAACAGAUUUAGAACAGAUUUCUUCAUUGAAAACACAUAGUCCAUUGGAUGUGCUUUCAGAGGCCGAGAAUCGGAAAAUUUCGUCCAAAUCUUAUGAAAAGCCUUCGGCAGUUGAAGAUGAGUCAGCCAUCCUCAAACCAAAUCCUUUGAAGUCUUCGAGUGCUAGCAUCAAUAAUGGUCAUACAUCUCCAACUUCAACAACCUCAGUGACUCGAGGUUUGAGUCUGCAUAUGCUUUCUGCUUCUACAGGCAGGGAACCAGGGAAACCGGUGGAUCAAUGUCGUGUGGGUCGUACUAAAGAAUUUUCAGGCAGCUUGUCAACAGAUGCCGACACUUUCAGUGGAAUUAUCUCAAACCACCCCACUCAUUCCUCCUCCUGUUUCUUUAAUUCAAAAGAUCCUAAGAUGCUUUACAAAGCUCUAGUUGAAAGAGUUGGUCAGCAGGAAGAAGCUAUUAGGAUGGUAGUUGAAACAAUAGUUCAACGUCAAACAAAAAUUGCAGGCCGUCGUGGAGACUUGUGGUUUAAUUUCCAAGGUCCUGAUAGGCUGGGUAAGAAAAGACUUGUUGUGGCUCUAUGUGAAAUAUUAUAUGGAAGCACAGAAAGUCUUGUUUGUGUGGAUCUAAGUUUCAAGGAGGCGAUGUCCCAUACAGACACACUAUUCAAACUCCAAGGAAUGAAUACAUAUGAUGUAACAAUCCGAGGGAAAACUAUUAUCGAUUAUUUAGCAGAAAAUCUCAGCAAGAAACCAUCUGUCGUCUUCCUUGAAAAUAUUGACAAGGCAGAUCCAGUCGUCCAAAAUAAAUUGUCUCAUGCUGUUAGUACUGGUAGAUUCUCAGACUUGCAAGGAAGAGAAGUAAAUGUAAGAAAUUCCCUCUUUGUGACAACUACAAGGUUCAUGGAAGGUGGACAAAUCUUUUCCAGUAGCCAGGAGACAACUAAAUACUCGGAGGAAAAUAUAUUGAGAGCAAAGGGCUGGCCAAUUCGGAUGUUGAUAGGAAUUGAUCUCAAUGAUGAUCUAACGAGCCAAAAUGCAACUGAUAAAGGAUUCUCUAGCCCGAUUUUGAUGAGCAAAAGAAAGCUUAUUGGUACUGAUGGAAGUACCGCCCCAUGUGGAGGCUUGGAGACGACAAAACGAGUUCACAAAGCAUCAAACUCGUUUCUGGACUUGAACCUUCCUGCUGAAGAAAGCGAAAUAUGGGACACUUGCUCCGCAGACCUUGAUUGUGAUUCCAUCUCCGAAAACUCCAGGUCAUGGCUCGAGGACUUCAUUCAACAAAUUGAUAAAAUGGUAGUCUUCAAGCCUUUUGAUUUUGAUGGACUCGCUGAUAAAAUACUUGCGGACAUGAAAGAGUGCUUGUGCAAAGUCGUUGGCACAGACUGUUUGUUAGAGACAGAACCAGAGGUAAUCGAGCAACUUCUCGCAGCCACAUAUCUAAAAGGCUGCGAGAAAGUUGAAGAGUGGAUACAACAUGUUCUUAAGCAGGGAUUCAUAGCUGCUCGUAAAAAGUUUAACCAUAAUGCUUGCUCUGUUGUGAAACUUGUCUCUUACAAAGGCAUUUCCCCGGAAGAAACACCACAAAUUCUCCUUCCUGCUAGAAUUAUGACGAACUGA